UCGCGGUCCACGCUUGUGAGAGGAAGUCGUUGAGGCCAGUAGGUCCGAACUGGCUCGGAGAAGUUGUUUGCAAAGGGGAAUCGAGUGUGGAUUGGCAGCGUGGAUGUGGCUUUGUCCUGCUGUUUCUCUUUUAGGCUAGACCUCUUUCUACUUGGCCUUCGAGGAUGCGCAGUUCCUCCCACACCUUUGGCUUCCCUCUUUAUAAACUCCCGGCCACCUACAGACCCCCUUUAUCGUCACACGCUGGCUCCGACCAGUCUUAAGUACCCCUCUCCACCCUCCUCUUCACACUCAGUCCCUGGAGUCUUCCUCCAUCCUGUCCCUCAUGAGUACCUUUUCUUGUUUUUGUCCUAGACAGGGCCACUCUAGCACUCUGCUUUGUCCCAAGAGUCAUGCCGAGGACCCCAAGGGAGGGAUGCCACAGUGAAUGUUUGUAGGCACAAGCAUAUCUGAGCCAUACCACUACAGCAGCCUUGCAGUUUACCUCUUCCUGCUUCUCUUCUGAUCUUUGUCUCUUCCUGGCUUUACCUCUGUGUAGCCUCUUUGCUGCUUUUAAGUCUGGUGGCCGAUCUUUGGCCAUAGACAGUAACCCUCGGACCUGCCAUUUUGUCUCUGGCCUCCAAAGCCUGGUCAUACUACAGAGGGCCCAUUCCUGGGUUGACUUGAAGACCACAGUGAGAAGUGAAAGAAACUGGAGAGAAAAAGAAGGGAAACUACUGAGCUGGGUUUAACAGCAGUCACGGAGUUACAUGGCGAAAUAGGGGGAAGAGAGUAAACCUUUUUUUCUUGUUCCUCGAAAAACUGGUGCUGGCUAUGUGCAAGGUUCUGUGAGCACUGUGCUGGGGAUGUAUUAAUAUUAGUCAAAAUUCACCUACAUGCUGGGAGUCCAGCCGAGGAAGACACAGACAUAUAGUGCCUUCCAUAGGCUCAACCAGGAAACUGAGCUGUAAAGAUAAAGAGCCAGCUGAGAAGAUGAAGCCAGCCUCCCUUGGUCCUCACUGAGAGUUUCUUGUUGGUCGGAGUUAUAACACAGACACAACUUUCUGCCCAGCUUUUACAACUUCCCCACACGGUGUCCCAAACUCUGCAUUGAAACAGGAGAUUGAGACAAGCUGGUGUGGAACGUACUGAGGUGAGCGGUGGCGUCAGGACUCUUUGGACCCCAACCUCCUCGCAGUGUGAAGAGUUAACAUCCGAAGACCCUCUGGCAGAAGCAGCCAACCGCCGGUUAUUCGGAGUAAGAGCGUUGCCUGCGUCUGGGCUUGGGGACAGGCCGGCAACCUCGCCAGUAGAGGCGGGGAGAGGAGCGCGGAGGUUCCCCUUCAGCGACAUGAGGUCCCUGCUGCUUCUGCCGCUCUGGGCGCUCCUCCGGGUUUGGGGAAGUCCUGAAGGCGCCUCCAAUCUUCCUUCUCUCCCAGUCCCGCAGAGGCAUUUCCCCUUCCGCUGCCUCCAGAUCUCGUCCUUCGCCAACAGCAGCUGGACGCGCACGGACGGCUUGGCGUGGCUGGGGGAGCUGCAGACCCACACUUGGAGCAAUGACUCGGACACCAUCCGCUUCCUGAAGCCGUGGUCCCGGGGCAAAUUCAGCGACCAGCAGUGGGACAUGCUGCAGCAUACCUUCCGAGUUUACCGAACCAGCUUCACCAGGGACGUACAGGAAUUCGUCAAGAUGCUGCGCUUAGCCUAUCCCAUUGAGCUCCAACUGUCUGCUGGCUGUGAGGUGCACCCUGGGAACACCUCAACAAACUUCUUCCACAUAGCACAUGAAGGAAAGGAUAUCUUGAAUUUCCAAGGAACUUCUUGGGAGCCAGCCCCAGAGGCCCCAGUUUGGAUAAAUGUGGCUGUCGGAGUGCUCAACCAUGACCAAGGCACCAGGGAAACAGUGCAGUGGCUUCUCAAUGACACCUGCCCCCAGCUUGUCACUGGCCUCCUUGAGGCCGGGAAGUCAGAGCUUGAGAAGCAAGUGAAGCCCGAGGCCUGGCUGUCCAGUGGCCCUAGUCCCGGGCCUGGCCAUCUGCUGCUGGUGUGCCACGUCUCAGGAUUCUACCCAAAGCCCGUGUGGGUGAGGUGGAUGCAGGGUGAGCAGGAGCAGCCGGGCACUCAGCACAGUGACCUCCUGCCCAACGCUGACUGGACAUGGUAUCUCCGAGCGACCCUGGAUGUGGCAGCUGGGGAGGCGGCUGGCCUGUCUUGUCGGGUGAAGCACAGCAGUCUAGAGGGCCAGGACAUCAUCCUCCACUGGGCAGGUGGGAGCCACGCCUCCCUGGGCUUGAUCAUCCUGGCAGUGCUGGUGUGCCUGGUGUCCCUCCUUGCACUCAUUGUAGGCUUGAGGCUCUGGCUUAAGAGGCACUGCUCCCUAUCAAGACAUCCUGUGACUUCGUCACUACACCUGCUCUCUCGAACUCAGGACCUCGGGUCCCAGGACUUCAGUUCUGGUCUGCUCAGGAAUUGAGGAUGAAAGGAGAGGAACCUUGAAGAAGUAGAGAACAGUUGUAAGGCAGCUCUCAUCACACCGCCUUAACAUUUGUCUAAAAGAAUUUAAGAUUUAUUUCAUUAGACUACAAGUUUAUAUGCCCAGAUGGUUCUGUAAAAACAGAAGUGCAGGCUCAGAUACCAACCAGGGCCAAGCAGAUAAGCACGGGGGCACAAGUGCACAUGGGGGAAUCUGCACUGAACUGGAAAACACCUGUCUUGCCCAAAGGAAGCAGCUGCAGGUGCCUGUUGUCAAGCAUGAAGUCAGGCUCUGGCUUGGCUGUAACCUAUACUUUUUUAAGAAAACUGGAAAUCUGGAUUUUUAUGUGAACAUUCCUGAUUUUAAUACGUUGACUCAAGAUUUGACAAAAUACUCUGUGAGAAACCCCAAAUACAUACCUGCUGGCUGAUGACAAUCCAGGAGCUACCAAUUCAUGUCUCUUUUUUAAAAAAGUUUGCCCUGAAUGACAUAUUGAGCUUUUGGACAUAAUUUCUGUUGUGAAUUUGGAUUUACAACUGAAGAAGGACAUUUUCUCUUUAAAAGAAAAUUAGGUUGUAAGAAACAGAGGUGUCUCAAGAUUUUACUCGGUAUAAUUUUAUUAAAAGAAGAUAGUGUACAUGUAUUAUGCUGAAAAAAGCAAACCUGAGUACAAAUAUUUCUCUUACAUGGUCAGUCACCCUUUUUAGUUGGAAGAAAACAGUCAUGAAGGUGAUCUCUUUCCUCCUUCCCAAAACAACAAAUGCAGCAGCAAUCUCUCCUACUUACAGCUCUUGAAAGAGACAAUGGGCCCACUGUGGUGGCUCACCCCUGUAAUCCCAGCACUUUGGGAGGCCAAGGCAGGAGGAUUGCUUGAGACCAGGAGUUUGA